UAGCCAUAAAGACCUUAAACAUGCUGGUCACGAAUACAGGUUAUGCAGUCGAGCCUUACAAAAGCUGUCCUCAUCUACUUUAUACCCUUUUCAACAUGCUGCGCAGAGAGGAGUCUCGUCAGAUACGCCGUGAGGUUAUCCGAGCUUUCGGCCUUGUAGGUGCCUUGGAUCCACUGAAAUUGAAGAUCAAUCUUAAUUUAAUAGAUUCCAUCGGGGAUACGGGUAUUGCCAUUAGUCUUUACGAGAGACCUGAGCGAAAAGAAGGUUAG